AGCCCAUCAGCUAGGGAUUGACGCAGUGCCACAGUGGCAGCUGGAGCCAUUGCCCGCCUACAUCGACUCCCAUCCACCACGUGCACACUGGAGGCCAUGGCGUUGAGAGGGCAUUGCUCGCCGCACUGCCCUCUCUCUGCUACCGCUCUCCAGCCGUUGCCGCCCCUUGCUCUGUUUCGCAACACCCCGUUGCAUGUGUGCGCGCGCGCGCACUCCAGUCCUCGUCGGAUAGCCUUCUCGUUCCCGCGUCGUGCCUCGCUCCGCCCUCGCCAGUUGCCCUCUACCCCUGCACUCACACUGCCCACCUGUCCGCCUAGCGUCGCGCCUUUUCUCCGCCUAUCCGGUAUCCUCGCGCGUCCCUGCUCGAGGAGGGCCAUCCGUUCACCCCGCGCGUCCGCGUCAGACCCGCGCGGUGGGAUGCCUGGGGCGUGGGCGGAGGGGCUGUCCGCGGCGGGCGUGUCGCUGUACGACGUGCUGGGGCUGGCGCGGCGCGACGCGUCGAUGCACGACAUCAAGGUGGCGUAUCGGCGCGAGGCGCGGCGGUACCACCCGGACAGCCGAGCGGCGGGGCUGGGCGAGGCGGAGAGCACGCGGCGGUUCAUCGCCGUGCAGCGCGCGUACGCCGUGCUGGCGGACCCGCUGCAGCGCGCGCAGUACGACCGGCAACUGCUGCACCCUCGCGUGACGGAUGCGGGGAAUGGGCGCAGCAGGAGGGGCGGGGAGAUGGGCAUGGGCAAUGGGGGGGAGAGGCGGUGGCGGCAUGGGAUGCGACGGCCGUGGAUGGGGCAGCCGAUGUGGCACGCACUGCAGGAGCAGCUGGAGGUGAAGGCGGCAUGGCGGGAGCAGUGGCAGCAGCAGCUGGCAGGGCUGAGGCACACCCGCGCGCAGCAGUGGCGGGCAGGCGGUGACAGGGGCGAGUCGUGGGGUGCUGGCAUGAGGCGGCAGCGGCACAUGCAGGGCGACGAUGAGAUGCACAGUGACACCACUGGCAGCACCUGAUGCUGGCGACUCGGAGAUGCACACUGUACAGGAUCCGCAUGCCGCAUGCUACAUGACACAACAUGCCUGGCGUGCAGCUGAUGCUUGGAGUUUUUCAAGGAGGCUCUGCUUGCGAUUUCUGGAGGGGUUUUUACGGUAUUUUGGAGGUCCCCUGACUCCCCUCCCCACCCCCAACCAGCUAGGGAGGCCCCUUGGCUCGUAGCAAGGGCCUGUGGAAGAAGACUAGCCCAGCUCAUUUGGGGCCAUCUUGAGACCCUGCCAGCCCGUUAACAGUCCUAUUGAGAAAGCUUGCUUUCGUUGUAGCAAUGGCGACGUGCUUCAUUUCAAAUGGGCAAUUGAGAAAGCUUGCUACU